UCUUAAAUUUUGCAGGAAGUCAGUCUUUUACGCGCAUGCGUAGUUGCGUAACAUGUAAGCGUGAGCUCGACGUUCGGAUACGUUGUCAACAGGUAACCGCUGAGUUUUGGGGACGCCAGGUGACAGGCCACUAAUCUGUCACUGAAUCCCAUCUAUUCGCAAUCAUGGAUUUCCAACAUCGAGCUGGGGGCAAAACUGGGAGCGGCGGUGUAGCGUCGGCCUCUGAGAGUAACCGCGAUCGCCGAGAGCGUCUGCGGCAGCUGGCCUUGGAAACCAUCGACAUCAACAAGGACCCUUACUUUAUGAAAAACCAUUUAGGCUCAUAUGAAUGCAAACUCUGUCUCACGCUGCACAACAAUGAGGGAAGCUAUUUAGCUCACACACAGGGGAAGAAACAUCAGACUAACCUAGCAAGAAGAGCUGCCAAAGAGGCCAAAGAAGCUCCUGCUCAGCCUGCCCCAGAGAAGGUCAAAGUGGAGGUCAAAAAGUUUGUGAAAAUCGGCCGCCCGGGGUAUAAAGUGACCAAGCAAAGAGAUCCUGAGACUGGUCAGCAAAGCUUGCUCUUUCAGAUCGAUUACCCAGAGAUAGCCGAGGGCAUCGGGCCGAGGCAUCGCUUCAUGUCCGCCUACGAGCAGCGCAUCGAGCCCCCUGACCGCCGCUGGCAGUACCUACUUCUGGCUGCUGAGCCAUACGAAACCAUUGCCUUCAAGGUUCCUAGCAGGGAGAUUGACAAGGCCGAGAGCCGCUUCUGGACGCAUUGGAACAAGGAGACCAAACAAUUCUUCCUGCAGUUCCAUUUCAAGAUGGAGAAAGCUUUGCCUCCAGCUAGUGGCCCAGUGGCCCCCCUUGGAGUGAAGAGACCGCCUCCUCUGAUGACUGGGAUAGGUCCACGCCCCCCUACAGGAGAUGUUGCUAUCCCUCCACCACCCCCGGAGGGAACGCACAUGCCCCCCUUGCCUCCUGGUGCUCCCGGACCUCCUCAAAUUCCCCCUCAGAUGCCUCCUGCACCAGGGAUACCUCCGCCUGGCCCCAUGCCCCCUAUGAUGAGGCCACCACUUCCGACAGAAGGCCCAGGAGGCCUGCCCCCACCCCCGCCUAGCACCUAGUCUCCCCCCCCCCCACAUAGAAUAUUCCGUCAAGUUCUGUCAGCUUUUGUAUCAGGUACACAAUUUUAUGAGAGUUAAAGAAGUUGUUCAAGCCUUCAGAGCUCAAAAGUGUUUGUAGCACAGUGAGUCUUGUUUUUCUAAUUGCAGUGAAGUUAUGUUGUUAAGGGGAUGUCCAGAGUAACAGCUACAUCUGGAAUGAUCUCUCUUGAGGCAGAGAGUCCACCCCAGCAUGGUGUGCACUGGCCGCGCAGUUAGUUUUAUAAAUAAAGGAUGAGAAGGAU